UAAACUACCUAUAGUGUAAAUUGGUAUCACAUACUGUGAACAAUGUGUUCCUACGAUCAACGAAUAGUGUGCAAAAUAAAUAAAAAUCUUUUGUUAACAUCGUUGGUAAGUAUUUUUGAAGUUUCUGACUUAUUUUUUUUUAUGAAAUAUAUAAAUUGUCAAUCUGAAGACAUUUCUACGAUCUUCAAAAAUAUUUCCUUAUACAAUAUCUUAAUCUUCUCCUUUGCCUUCAUCCGAUCUUCUUAAAGGUCAGCUAACACCGUGCUAAAUUUCUGCUCCAACCGAUCUACCACAUCGCGUUCAUAAACUGCCAUUACAAAAUUUUAAAUCACAUCUAAUCAUCGCUUUUUCAUUUUGCCUCACUACCUCUUUCUGAAACUAUUUUUUCUGCUUUUGUCUACUAUUGAAGCCACUUCUAAACUAUUUCACAUGUCUUCUGCCCUAUCAUCCCUUGUCAAUCCAGUGACUUCUUUCAUUUACCUAAGCAUUAUCAACUCUGUUACAUUCAUUCUCGGUUUAUCAUACAACACAUUAAGUAAUAUUAAAAUUUUUUUAAUCUGAUUUUUAAAAAGAGUUUUUGUCAAAACUAACAAGUUCUUGACAACAACUAUAACACAACCCAAACUAAGAUUAGGUUAAUUAUUUUUUAACAAUUUUUGAAGUUUUGUAAAACAUGAUACUUUCGGAACGGAUACUUAAAUUUUAAACAGUUAAUUUAAUUUGUCUAUAAGAUAUUAUUAAUUCUAUGAUAUUGUACAAUAAUAUACUAUCGUAUUAAUUUAAACUGUGAGUCGUAUCAAUUAUCGGUCAUCAAAUAUAAUUUAUAGUUGGUGAAAUAAGUAAUAAAAAUUAAAAUUUUAACAUAUUUUAAAAAUUGCUUUAAAAUACCUCUAAAUUAUACAACUUAAGUUAUAAUUUUAAACACUGAUCAUAUUUUAUACUUUUAGUUAUAAAGUAAUAAAAUACAUUAAAAAAGACAUCCUAAGAUAAUGAGAACGGAUUAAGCCACUGGUAUAGGUAUUUUAAUGUUAACCUGUAAACAACGAUAUGCCAUCGUUGUUAACGAAAAUAAGAUCCUGAGCGAAUAUUUGUCGAAUGUGUUGCUUCGAUAAAAAUUGAUUUCAUAUUAUGGUAAAACAACACAUGCAUCAAACAUUUUCUCAAAACACUUGAAAAAAUCAAAAAUUGAACACCUUAAAAUACCACCCCAACCAGAUAUCCUUUCAGGAAAAGUACAAUCAUUGUAAGUCAGAGCAAAAUUGCUGCAGGUAAAAAAGUUGUCCACAGUAAAAAAUUAAAAAUUCUUUUCAUCAUCGUUACACUAAUUCAAUGCUCGUUUCACUUAGAAUCUAAAACAUAAGCUCGAAGUAGGCACUUUUGAAUUAUUAAAAUAUGCAUCUAUGUGUGCGUAACUAUCACUUGUACAAACAUUUACCUUGAUUGUUUAUAAUAUACAGGGUUAUUAUAAGUUAUAAUUUUACGGUUUUAAUGGAAUUAAAAAUAUGUUUAUGCUGUUGAUUAUAUUUAAUUGAUGGGCAGGUGAGUAACUAUUAUUAACAAUUAUGUAAAUUCAUAUUAUAUUCAUAUUGUAUUUAUGUUGAACGUUUUAAAUUUUUUUUUUUUUUUGUUAUAUAUUUAUUAUUCAGAAAAAUUGUAAAGACACUUAAUUUGAAAAAGAUUAAAAUAUGAAAAGUUUAGAGUUGAUUUGAAUAUUCUAUGAUUACUGUAUAAUAAAUAAUGAUAAAAAAAAAAUCAACGAGGUGAGCGCGGCGUUUACUCAAUAGCGAAUGUAACGAUGGGUUAAAUUAAGUAUAAAUUCAAAAUACAAUAUUACAAUAUUUUCACUUGUUCAAUGUUUGAAUAGAUUAUAUACUGAAAUAAAAUCAAUGAUUUCACCUGAAGCGGUGUCCGCGACCCGGGUAUCCCUGAUGUAAUUCCUGGUGUAGAGCUCUCCGCCAGGUUUUUAUAGUAAAAAAAAAUUUCGUUGUUGUUCUGUUUUUCGGACCUGUAAUUCAUACGACUCUGCCUGUCUUCGUAGACAACUGAAGUCCGGGGACCGUAACAUGUACAGAAUGAUUUUGGAUUAACUAAAUCCAUUUUUGCCCGAACUCGUCUGUAAAUAUUCAAAAUUAUAUAUAAUAAACUAGUUGUUCCGCGGCCGGCGUUGCUCGUGCUAAUUUUUAUUAUUAUUAUUGUACCCAUAUUCUUUUUUAGUUUUGGCCGUGUUAGAAUUGAAUGAAAACAAAUAUGUGGAAAGUGGGUAGUCCAUCUGCGGUGGCCUAAAUGUGUUCUAUUGUGAAAUUCGAUUAAUGUAAAUAAUAGUGAUAAUAAAAAGUAUAAUAGUUUUAUUUUAUAACGUGUCGGUGACUCGUUGACUGGCCAGUCUUUGUCUCAACGCAUUAGUUCGACGGCGUUCAUUGCGUUGCUCUUAACUUUCAUCAGUACGUGUGAUUGCAGCCUGGUUUCCUAAAUUUUCAUUUUCCGUCAAUUGAUCUUCUGCCGAUCUAUUUAACCGACGGUUCUGGACUAAUUGUGAAUUCCAAGUCCGUCGUCCAAUAUUUCCUCCUCGUCCACGAAGACGUUGCAUUGUUUCAUGUACGUAACUUUUUAGAAAAAUCGAUGUUAUUUCAAAUUAAAAAAAUAAUGAAAUUAUUAUAUUAUUCGUCUUUUAUUUUACACUUUGUUUAAUAUCCUAAUCGCUUGAAAUAUCAGAAAAACGAAAUCCUAUGUAAUUAUCGUAACUUAAUUUUUUAUAAUUUUUUGCGUAACUUAAUUUAAUGCACGUAAAUUAAUGCUCAAUAUUUACGCAAAUGUGAUAUAAAUGAAUACAUACACAAAAUGAAUGAAUGACAGACGUUGUCCUGUAUGAUAUUUCAAGCGAUUAGGAUAAAUUCAUUCAAUUCGAUCCAGCCGUUUAGUUGCAUUAUUGAUAAAUAUUCCGACGAAACAUGCAGCUAAUUUAGCUAUCCCGCCCAGCGGUGCCAAUUUUCUAUUGUUUUUUUACCCUAUUUCUUUUUAGUUUUUGACCUUGUGAGUAAUGAAUCAAAAACUAGGUGGAAAGUGGGUAGUCAACCUUCGGCGGAAUAAGUGUUGUAUUAUGAUAUUUUUUUCAUGAUUUUCAUACGAAAAAUAACGAAACCUCGAUUUUUUUUAAAUGAGGUUGAGGGUUGAUGGAUUUCAAAGGAAGUUAUACCAAAUCUUACUUAUCGGGGAGUGGGAACGCUCGACAACGGGAAAGCGCGUGUAACGUAUUAUAGCUAAUUGUCGAUCGCAGACGGCACGGUGUUUGUUUUAUACCCUUAUGUGAACAUUGGCCGACAAUUUAUAUUAAUAUAAAGUUAAUAAUUCAGUUGUUAAUCUUUAUGUAUAACAAUGGAUCGAUAUUUUGUCGGUGCUGCCUUAACUUGAAUACCAUCUAAAUUUCAAACUUUUCCGGUAGAUUUUUCAAAAAUCGUCUUUCAUAAUUACCUUACGAAUACACGGAAAAAAAUCAGGCAUAUCGAUCCGUCCGUUUUCAAGUUAUAGCGUCGGCAAAAAAAAAAAUUAAUUUAUAAAAUUAUUAAACUCAAUUGUAAUAACUCUUGGCGCCCUCUGAUAAAUCUUUAUUUAUUCUUUUUUUAUCUGAAUAAAUAUUUCAAUUUUGGCACAAAUUACGCGGAAUAUCUUACUAAUUAUUAAUUUUUUUGUUUUUUAAUUUCAUCCGUAUCAUCAAGGUAACCCAAAUCAACAAAUAAAAAAAAAACCGCUGUACUAAAAAUAUCAAUUACUUUGUGUCAGCGAUCCUUGCAAUGCCACCAAUCGGGUUCAAUUGUGAAUCCAAACCAUCCAGGACCCAUUCAAAGACACAUAAAAAAUUUCGUCAAAAUCAGUCCAGCCGUUUAGGAGGAGUUCAGUAACAUACACACGUAGAGUAGAAUUAUAUAUAAAAAGAUAUUUAUAUUCAAUACACGACAUAUUUCUCCGUGUUGAUCCAUUUUUUCGCUGUUGGCCGGGGGCCCCAUUUUAACGAUUAAUUAUGUCAUAUGGACAAUUUUAAAGCUUGCUGUAGCUUUUUCAAUUCGAAAAAACAUUCCGGAACUCAAAAAAUCAAAAUAAAUAUUAAAAAAGGGUUUUUCCAAAAUUGUUUGUAAAAACCUUCUCCUGGCAAUUACGAAAAAUUGAAAAAAAUUUAAGCAAAAUCGGCCCGGCUCAAUUGAUGAACUGUUGACAUUUUGGGCUCCAUUUAUAUAUGUACUUGCUGAAUUACCCGGCGUUGCCCGGAAAAAAAUUCGUGACAAAUUAGAUAACGCCAUGUAUUACCAUUUACCGUCUUAAAUUCAUAAUUAUCGAUAAUAUACAUAAUAACCUAAUAUCUGUAUAUUUAUUUUUAUCGAUAAACUUCUGGGAACAAUUUCAUUCUCGGAAUCGUUAUUCUUAUCUACACGACGACGACGACGAACAAAACGGAUAGGUAGCUGGAGACCCGCGGGCCGCCGUGCCGCACAAUACGUAUUGGCGGUGAAUAAUUAUAAUUGUUAAUUACUCCACUAAAACGCAACAUUUUUGAAAAUCCCUCCUUAUUGCGCGGUGAAAACACGAGAAGAACCUGUGUUCCAAAUUUCAAGUCCGUACGUUACGUAGUUUUUGAGAUACAGCGAUCGGUCAGUCAGGGGUAUUUGGAUUUUAUACGUAUAGAUAGAUACGCAAUUGUAAAAAUGAAUAAUAUCAAAUUUCGUGUAAAUAUACCAACCGAUACAUUUUUACAUUACUUACAUUAUAAUUGCCCUUUGGCCGUCAUAUCAUAGAAGUCGACUUAUAACAAAUAUUUAAUAUCAAUGCAAUUAUUAUCAAAUUAAAAUAUUUGAAAAAAAUAAUUUAUCAGGUUAAUGGUUGUUUUAAUUGUCGGUUGUCUUAUGUUUAAUUUAUACUAGAAAGGACUAUUAUUCGCGACUAUUUACCUACAGGCCAUAACUAUCAAAAUAUAUGUGUGUGUGUGUGUGUGUGUACAAUUUAUAUUGCGUAUUAUUUAAUAUUCAAGAAAUAGUUUAAUUCUAUAAUGAUACAAUGAUGUUUUAAACUCGCAGUUGUUUUAGUAGGUAACGAAAGGUCACAAAUUUGUAUUAAAUUGUUUCGCAUGUUUAUAUACUAUCACGUGCAAUAUACGUACAUUUAAUGGACCCUCAAUAAAAAUACAUAUAUUGAAUGUAAUGCUUUAUAUUAUAAUUUUAUAUUUUGUACAUGCUCCUGGGUGGAUCUAAUCUUUAAUCCAGCCCUGUUCGUGAGAAUCCAUGUUUACGGGCUGUUCCACGAAGAUGUACUUUUUGAUUAUCCCCGGAGAUAAUAUAUAUGAUCAAAUCCAUUGUCUUUUUGUAUUCAUAAACAUGAGGAGUACAAAUACUUAUUUUAAAAUCGUUUUUUUUUUUUUUUGGUUUUGUAGUAAACGAUUUAAAAAAAAAUAAGUUUAAUACAAUUAUUAGCGGGAAAUAUUAAUUAGCCAUUCUGUAGAGUUUAUUUUUUGAAAAUUUUAACGUAUUGCACAUUUAUAUCCAAUGCAAAAUUUUCUAUGUAACCGCCGUUUUAAAUUCUACUAAUCCGUAUGAAAACCAUUGUUAUCACAUAACGCGAUUAGGUUAUACGGCCGUACAGUGAAUCGUUUCUCGGCAGCAAAGGUUCAUCGUUGCCUACAGAUAAACAUUAAAUUUCCCCUCUAUCUACCUAACUUUUCCCUUACAGCAGUGGCCUACCCCCCCGUAAAGUAUGUCCGUUUCUUUUAUUAUAUAAUGAUGGUAUUAUAUCUGUAAAUUAUAGAAGUGUUUUUUAAUUAAAAUUAUAAUUGUUGUUCGUAUUUUGUUUAAAAAUAAAUCAUCGCGAAUUAAAUACCUAUCGAAUGUCGAAUUUUAAAUUUUUAUAAUCUCCCAUUUCCCAUUACAAUACAUAUUAUGUAUAUACUAAAUAAAUAUUCGUCGGCUGUAAUAUGUUAAAAUUACGUGGAUAAUAAUUUAAGCGCAUAUUAUAAUUAUAUAUUCUUUAAACGUCUUAUUUUCUUUUGCAAAACUAGGUUAUUAUACUGAUGAUACAAUCGUACCGUGUGGAAGCCCAACACCGUGAAAAAAAGUUAUGUUCUUCGUUGACGGAAUACCUAAUUGAAAAUGAUUUUGAUAAAGACAGAAUUGCAUACAUUUUCAAUGAACAGGAAAUUCUUAUAUGGCUGAGGAAAACGGUGGGAAUACCACCAAAGCCGUUUUUGGUAGAGACGCUACACGUACAACUUGACGACCGUUAUAAAUCUGGAAAAUGCCACAAACAAAUUAACGAUUAUAAUGUAUUUAACGAAAUGUAUACAAAACGGAUUCCAUAUGAAAAGAACCUAAAGUGCGAUUGGAUCAGACCUAAGUUACCAUAUACAUUAAACGUUCUAUGCAAACGUGGUAUUGGGCAAUAUUUAUUGCAGCACGGAACUCGUGUGUACCACCAUUUUCUUAAAUAUUUAGCGCGACAUUCGAAUAACAUGAACGAAAAAGAGAUUCCAAAAAAAGAUCAAAAACACUGGAUAAACUAUAAAAUAUGGAUAGAACAGUUGUCGAAAUUUCCGGUUGUAGGGACAAAUUUUAUGCUAAUGGGAGAACAAUAUAUCAAUGCGUACUACUAUUUGAAGGAUUGCGAUUCUAUUGUACACGUUUAUAAUGCCUAUUAUGAUUUUUAUAUGGAAAAAUAUAAAAUCAUUCAUCCUGUAGAUAAAUAUCGUUAUCAUAGGCAUAGUUGUGAUUUGUUCCGGCGUCUAAAUUCUGAACAUAAAUUCUUGGAUAAACUUUUACAUUAAAUCAAUUUUCAUAUUCUGCCAACCCGAUAACGCGAUGUUCCAUUUUAAAGUAUAGGUAGUGGGAAAGUAAUGCAGCAUUCAUUGUUUAUAUCGUGGUCUUGUGGCGCGAGGUUUUUGAACUGUGCUCCACUGCUCUCCCUUUGCCCAAUCUUAUAAGUGGAGUUUGGUAUUUCACCUAAGGUUUUCACGGAAAUGAAAAAAGUCAACUCCAAAUUUAUACGCACAAAAUAUUUUAUUUUAUUACAAGAAUAAUAAUUAAUAAUUUAAAAUUUAGCUUACUUCAUCAGUUGAUUCUCUUUACAAGUACGACUUCCAUAUAAAAUGUUUAAUGCUACUUGUUAAUUUUAUCAUUGUCGGUAGAUAAAUGAAUUGUGUAUACUGGGUUUUGUUCCAUUAUUGAGUUUGAUAAAAAAAAAAUAAACAAUUUGAA